CGGAAAGUGACUGACCAACCAUUUUUUUCUUCUUCCGGGAAAUAACAGAAGCUAGAUUAUUUCAUAUUCAUAUCAACACCAAUUGCAGUGAAAAUAUUCCUUCAAACAAAAAACACUCCUUUAUUCAUCCUUUCUUCUUCUUCACACUCCGACUCUACUCACUGAGAAAGAGCUAGAGAAAAACACUCAGAGAGAAUGCAAAAGUAAAAGAAGAAAUCAUGAAGACAUUAACCACCGGAGAAUUCUUCAAAUCACAAUUACUCCUAAAGAUCACUGGAUUCACUCUAAUCUCAUUCGCAUUCUUCUACUUAGGUAAGAAUUGGUCUGAUGGGUAUCAACAAUUAACCUUCUUCAACACAAACAACAAUCUCCAAUCAACCCAAUCUUCAUCUUCACCACAAAUCUCAAUUUCACCCAAUGCUAAAAAAGAAUUCGAUGUUGCUGCUCUAAUCAAUCAAACCGAUACCCAUCCUGAUGAAGCCCCAAUUGAUACACAAACCAAUUCAACAUCCCCUGAAGAUGGAAAUACUCAGCAAUUACCAGAUCCGGUUUCUGAACCUACCCCACCACCGUCAAUUACUAGAUUUGGGAUUGUAGAUGAGAAUGGAACAAUGACUGAGGAUUUCGAAGUGGGUGAAUUUGAUCCAGAGUUUGUUGAGAAUUGGGGGAAUGAUAAUGAAACAGUUUCAGAAGAUGAAGGAGGAGAGAAACCCAGAGUUAAAAUCAAGAAAUUUCAGCUUUGUCCUGUGAGUAUGAAGGAGUAUAUACCUUGUUUGGAUAAUGUUGAAGAGAUUCAGAAGCUGAAUUCAACUGAAAAGGGUGAAAAGUUUGAGAGACAUUGUCCUGAUUCAGAUCAUGGAUUGAAUUGUUUGGUUCCUGCUCCUGUUGAUUAUAAAACUCCAAUCCCUUGGCCUAAAUCUAGAGAUGAGGUGUGGUUUGUGAAUGUACCUCAUACUCGCUUAGUUGAAGAUAAAGGAGGUCAAAAUUGGAUCACAAGAGUGAAAGACAAGUUCGUGUUUCCGGGUGGUGGAACGCAGUUCAUACACGGCGCGGAUGAGUAUUUGAAUCAGAUUUCAAAGAUGGUUUCUAGUGUUCAAUUUGGAAGGCGUGUACAUGUUGCAUUGGAUGUUGGAUGUGGUGUUGCAAGUUUUGGUGCUUUUUUGAUUCAACGCAAAGUGGUUACGUUGUCUAUAGCACCCAAAGAUGUUCAUGAGAAUCAGAUUCAGUUUGCUCUCGAGCGUGGUGUUCCAGCUAUGAUUGCAGCUUUUGCAACACGGCGGUUGUUGUAUCCAAGUCAGGCUUUUGACAUGAUACAUUGCUCUAGAUGUAGAGUUAAUUGGACUCGCGAUGACGGAAUUUUGCUUCUUGAGGUCAAUAGAAUUCUGAGGGCUGGAGGAUAUUUUGUUUGGGCAGCUCAGCCAGUUUAUAAACACGAGGUUGCCCUGGAAGAACAAUGGAAAGAGAUGGAAGACCUCACUAAUCGCCUUUGUUGGGAUCUUAUUGCCAAGGAGGGAUACAUAGCUAUAUGGCGUAAACCUUUGAACAACAGCUGCUAUGAGACCCGUGAGAUUGGAACCACACCUCCACUAUGUGAACCAGACGACGACCCAGACAAAGUUUGGUAUGUUGAUCUAAAACCGUGCAUCAGUCGACUACCCGAGAACGGAUUUGGAGGAAAUGUGACAACGUGGCCGACGCGUCUGCAAAAUCCUCCGGAUAGGCUACAGACGAUACAGAUGGAUGCCUACAUGUCUCGGAAAGAACUUUUCAAGGCAGAUAUGAAGUACUGGAAUGAGUUAAUAGGAGGCUAUAUUCGUGCUUUCCACUGGAAAAAGUAUAGGUUAAGAAAUAUUAUGGACAUGAGAGCUGGUUAUGGAGGUUUUGCAGCGGCAGUGAAUGAUCAUGGCCUUGAGGCCUGGGUACUAAAUGUGGUUCCUGUCAGUGGGCCGAACACCUUGCCUGUCAUAUAUGAUCGCGGGCUACUAGGAGUUCAACAUGAUUGGUGUGAAUCGUUUGACACUUACCCAAGAACGUAUGAUUUAUUGCACGCUGCUGAGCUCUUCACCAGCGAGCGGAAAAGAUGCAACAUUUCGACAAUAAUGCUCGAGAUGGAUAGGAUGUUAAGACCUGGGGGACGUGCAUUCAUUCGUGAUACUUUGGCUAUCAUGGGUGAAAUCAAGGAGGUGGCUGACGCAAUGGGUUGGCAGUCAACUAUGCGUGACACACCCGAGGGGCCUCAUGCAAGUAGGAGGCUCCUGAUGUGUGAGAAACGUCUAUUACGUGCUUAAGAAGUAAAAAGAGGAUAAAUAGAAAAUUAAGCUUCACUGUAGGGAGAAGAAAGUCGAGGGACUGACUAACCAAUGUUCUGGCACCUGUAGAUUUUGUUUUCAGAGUGCUAAACCAGCGAAUCAUCAGAAAAGAAAAUCGUUCGUACAGGUACAAGAAUAUUCAUCAACAGAUCUAUAAUCUUCAUUCGUCUGUGCACAGAAUUACUGUUGUACGUAUCCUUCGCUUACUCGCUCAACUGUUUAAUUUGUAAAUCACAUUCUGUAUUUUUUGUUUCUGGUUUUGUAGCUUAUUCUUUUUAUUCUUGUAAUGUUUAAAGUUCGGCUUUUCGAUCAGUUGUGUAAUUUUGGAGUUGGUCAGUUUUCCUA